UUCGCAGCCCAGUUCAGAGUCCUGGGACCCGACCACCCCAUCACCGCCGUCAUGGGAGAAGACGUCGUGUUGCCUUGCCACCUCUCCCCGAGGUUGAACGCCCAGAACAUGGAGGUGAGGUGGUUUCGGUCCCAAUUCUCCAUCUAUGUCCACCUCUACCACAGCGGGCAGGACCACUACUCCUCCCAGAUGCCCGACUACCAGGAGAGGACAGAGUUUUUAAAAGAAGGCAUCUCCAUCGGCAACGUUUCCUUGAGGAUCCUCAGGAUCAGGCUGAGCGAUGAGGGACAGUACCAGUGUCUCAUCAAAGAUGGGAAUUUUUAUGAAGAAGCCACCGUAGAGCUGAAGGUAGCAGUUUCAGGUUCCAGCCCCUUCCUCUCCGUGGAGGAUUACCAAGACGGGGGAAUCCGAGUAGGGUGUCGAGCCACCGGCUGGGACCCAAAGCCCGAGAUGCUGUGGAGGGAUUUCCAGGGCCAGCAGCUCCCGUCCUUCACCAAAUCCAACUUCCAAAACCAGAACGGCUUCUUUGAAGUGGAGAAGUUCAUCAUCAUCCAAAGAAACGCCCAACGAAACGUGUCUUGUUCCAUCAGGAACACGCAGCUUCCCCAGGAGAAAGACUCGACCAUUUACAUAUCGGACCCCAUUUUCCCAAAGGAUUCUCCCUGGAUGGCAGCUUUGUUCGCAACCCUGGCUGUCUGCUUGGCUUCGCUGGUCGUCUUCUCUCUUUUUAUCUUACGGCUACGAG